CUCGGGUACUGUACAGUCACUCCGAGCUAUCCCUGCUCCUUCAGGACUCCUGUUAUAGUAUUGAUUCUGAGGCGCUUUUUUGGCUCUUCCCAAGCGUUUCCCACAAUCUCCUCCGUUCUCAAAUUGCUUGGUUGGGUUGCAUAAAACCCUUUCCUUUCGGACUCUUUGGCCCUUGAGCUUCAGACACUUCUUCCGAUCUUAUCUGAUCAGAUUCAUCACCAUCACCACCCACCAUGACCAACGUCUUCGGUGUCCAAAUCUUCUUCAUAAUCUUUCGGGAAUGUCUCGAAGCAGUCAUCAUCGUCUCGGUGCUGCUUUCUUUCCUCAAGCAGAGCCUGGGUCAACCAGACCAGGACCCUGCCAUCUACAAACGGCUGAAACGUCAAGUAUGGACGGGUUCAUUAGGCGGCAUUGGUAUAGCCCUGAUCAUUGGAGGCGCCUUCAUCGGCGUCUUUUAUGGUUUGGGCCACGAUCUCUGGUCCCAGUCUGAAGACCUUUGGGAAGGCAUCUUCUACCUUAUUGCCAGCAUCAUCAUCACCGUCAUGGGUUUGGCCAUCCUCCGCAUCAACAAGACAAAGGAGAAGUGGAGGGUCAAGAUUGCACAGGCCCUUGUCGCAAAGAGCCAACACCGCGAUGCUGCCUCGAGGCUCGGUGAAUGGACCCGCCGGUACGCCAUGUUUCUUCUGCCCUUCGUCACCACUCUGCGAGAGGGUCUCGAGGCGGUUGUCUUUGUUGGUGGUGUCUCUCUUGGUCUCCCUGCAACCGCCUUUCCCAUUCCCGUCAUUACUGGCAUCCUGGCUGGUCUGCUUGUUGGCUACCUCAUCUACCGUGGAGGCAACUACAUGACCAUCCAGUAUUUCUUGAUCGCUUCCACCUGCGUCCUCUACCUCAUCGCGGCAGGCAUGUUCUCCAAGUCAAUCUGGAGCUUGCAAUUCUACAAAUUCGCACAGAUCGUCGGUGGUGACGUUGCCGAGUCUGGUGAUGGUCCUGGCUCAUACAACAUUGACCAGACCGUCUGGCAUGUCAAUUGCUGCAGUCCGCAACGCGACCAUGGAUGGGAUGUAUUCAACGCAAUCCUCGGCUGGCAAAACACUGCGACAUACGGCUCCGUCAUCUCCUACAACAUCUACUGGCUCUUCAUCAUGGUUUGCAUCUCUUGCAUGCUGUACGAAGAACGCACAGGCGCCCUUCCUCUUCAGAAGUCUUUCCUGAGAUUCCUGUCCAAGAUUCCAGGUUUCAAAAGCUAUGCCAACCGCAAGCUCACCACUCCCAAGCAGGAUGCUACCGAUAUCAUAAGCAAAGUGCAGGCCGAUACUUUCAGCCAUGGCGUUGAGGGACCUCUGACUGCAAAUUAGACUGCGGAGGGACAUCCCUUACAUCAGUCAACCGUCUGCUCGAUGUUGAAUGUUGUUUCGUUUGAAGCAGACGAUUUGUGAACCAGAGAAUCUGUUUCAGGAUUGUUCAAGAAGUGCUCAGAUCACGAGCACUCUUUCCGCCAUUCGUAGUGCUAGUAUGUUAUCUUUGCAAAAUGCAUAACUUAAAGGCAGUCACUCGGUCCAUACUCAAAUUCCAAGCGUCGGCAGGGAAACGGCCGUCGGAGCGUGAUUCUUACCAACUCGGACAGCCGUAUCAUCAUCCUCCGACAUCGCUAGGUCUGAUGCCUAUGAACCCAAAGCCCCCAUGCUCGAUGAGAAUGUCUUUGGAGAGCCUUGCCUGCCCAGGAAAAUACGACGUUUCUCGCUUGAGCCUGAAACCAUCUCAAAAACCAGUCUCACACCACAUUUGCCGGGAAUCCAGUAGGUUGCUUGAAGCUCACGACCAAGCAUUUCACUGCCCCCUCUUGGUUGUGGCCCGGCGUCUUAGCAGCAUAAGCUACCGAGACCCUGACCGGGAUGCGGACGACCCUCCCUGCCACGAGCAGAGCGGAGCAACUUGGAAGGUGGAGGACUCUCUCUCCCGCGAUUCCCAAGUCCGAGGAGCUGCUGACUAGAGUGGUUUUUUACGACCCACCCACCCACCUCUACAGACUGCGUUGAUCCUCGCCUGACUUCUUCCUGCAUAUGGGCAGACGAUUUCGGUCUUUUAUCUGAUGAUCUCGUCUCCCGUCCUCGGGUUCUGGACUCGCUUGAGAGGUUCCAUCCACACCUCAAUGCGUGAGAAUGGUUGGUUGGUCGAUCGUGGUCUGAUUUCUCUUUACGAAUGAUCGAGACAAGUAUCAUCUUAUCUGAUGGAAGUAGUACCGGCC